UCAAUAUUUAUUUACACCCCGCCUUAUCUCCCCCAAAGAGACUCAAGCCAAAAAAGGAUGUCCAUCAUCACCAUUCAGCUGGGUCAGUGCGGAAACCAAGUCGGCCGUGAAGUGUUUGACACCAUCUGCACCGACUUGCACAGCGGCCACGGAUUGUGCUCCAAAAAGGAAAACGAGUCCUACCUGGCCGCUGGCAGGGAACGGUUUUUCAGCGAAGACAAACCUGGAGCUCUUGCUGCUCGCGCUGUUUUGGUGGACAUGGAACCCAAAGUUAUUGGCCAGACUUUAUCCGUGGCUUCCAAGUCCGGCAGCUGGACAUACGACCAUAAAUCACACUUCUGUCAAAAGCAAGGAUCGGGGAAUAAUUGGGCAAAUGGUUAUUGCGUCCAUGGGCCCAAACACAAAGAAGCCAUCAUGAACCUGGUGCAGAAAGAGGCCGAGAAAUGCGACCGGCUGAGUGGAUUUCUGACCGUCAUGAGCAUGGCCGGCGGGACAGGAUCCGGCCUGGGCGCCUUUGUGACGGCAGGCUUGAAAGAUGCGUAUCCCACCUCAUUCCUGCUCAACCAUGUCGUCUGGCCCUAUGGAACUGGGGAGGUGAUUGUGCAAAACUACAAUGCGGUGCUGACUCUCUCGCACCUUUACCAGUCCUCCGACGCCCUCCUGGUUCACGAAAACGACGCCGUCCACAAGAUCUGCGCACAGCUCAUGAACAUCAAGCAGAUCUCUUUCCGGGACGUCAACCGAGUCAUCGCGCAUCAGUUGGGGAGCGUCUUCCAGCCGGCUCGCGCCUCCUCUGAAGGAGCUACUCCGUAUAGCAGGAGCCCCUUAGGGGAUCUAAUGGAAGCCCUUGUUCCCCACCCCGAGUUCAAGAUGUUGGGUAUCCGGAACAUUCCUCAAAUGUCUGAAAACUCCCUCCCUUACACCACGUUUGCGUGGCCCGGGCUCCUGAAACACUUGCGGCAGAUGCUGAUCGCAAACGCAAAGAUGGAAGAAGGUAUUGACUGGCAGGUACGUCCACCUGUCCCUGGGCUCCCUGCCUCUCGGAAAGAGUCUCCAAAGCAGACGGGCCGUUUCAACACCUCCAUCGCCAACCUGGUGACCUUGCGAGGAAAAGACAUCCAGAGCGCAGACCUAGGAGGCUUCCGAGACCCUGCCCUCUACACCUCUUGGCUCAACGCUCCAGAGGACACCCUGGCGGUCUGGCAAACUCCGAGAGCCUUUAACAGAUACGAGAAAUCGGCAUCCCUGGUGAGCAACAGCCAGUUCUUGCUCAAGCCCCUUGACAGCGUAGUGGGGAAGGCGUGGAAAAUGUUCGCCUCCAAGGCGUACAUUCACCAGUAUACCAAGUUUGGGUUGGAUGAAGACGAUUUCCUGGACUGUUUCACAACUCUGGAGCAAGUUAUUGCCAGCUACGGCAGCCUCUGAUUCCCAAACCGUAUAUGACCAGACUCCGGCCCAAGGUUUUUCUAUAAAGCGUGUAUAUGUUUGUGUGUUUGUGAGUGUGUGCGAGCCUUGAUUAAUGCUACCCUCAACAGAAGUAUUGUAUGUAUUUUUGGAUAUAAAAUAAAUCUAUUUUUCUGA